GGGUCCCAGGUGAAACUGUGGACGGGGGCCGGGUGGGCUCACAUUGCACAGCAGGGAAAUCGCAAGAGGAGAUUGGAACGGGAUGGGCGUGCUCCAAAAGAACAGGGGCUUUUAUCCCCCCCACACAGCUCUGACCACGCCCCUCCAGAUAAUGCCUCACAUCUGUGCCCCCCCGGGACCCCCUGGAGCCCCCAUGGUCCGGAAGAAGACAGCUUGAACCUAGACCUCUUCAGGAUGUUGCGGAGGCUGCUGGAGAGGCCCUGCACAUUGGCCCUCCUUGUGGGCUCCCAGCUGGCCGUCAUGAUGUACCUAUCAUUAGGGGGCUUCCGAAGCCUUAGUGCCCUAUUUGGCCGAGAGCAGGGGCCAACAUUUGACUAUUCUCACCCCCGUGAUGUCUACAGUAACCUCAGUCACCUGCCUGGGGCUCCUCCAGCUCCUCAAGGUCUGCCCUACUGUCCAGAACGGUCUCCUCUUUUAGUUGGUCCCGUGUCAGUGUCCUUUAGCCCAGUGCCAUCACUAGCAGAGAUUGUGCAGCGGAAUCCCCGUGUGGAACCUGGGGGCCGGUACCGCCCUGCAGGAUGUGAACCCCGCUCCCGAACAGCAAUUAUUGCCCAUCGUGCCCGGGAGCACCACCUGCGCCUGCUGCUCUACCACCUGCAUCCCUUCCUGCAGCGUCAGCAGCUUGCUUAUGGCAUCUAUGUCAUCCACCAGGCUGGAAAUGGAACAUUUAACAGGGCAAAGCUCCUGAAUGUUGGGGUGCGGGAGGCCCUACGUGAUGAAGAGUGGGACUGCCUGUUCUUGCACGAUGUGGACCUCCUGCCAGAAAACGACCACAAUCUGUAUGUGUGCGACCCCCGGGGACCCCGACAUGUUGCUGUUGCCAUGAACAAGUUUGGAUACAGCCUCCCAUACCCCCAAUACUUUGGAGGGGUCUCAGCGCUCACUCCUGACCAGUACCUGAAGAUGAAUGGCUUCCCCAAUGAAUACUGGGGCUGGGGUGGUGAGGAUGACGACAUUGCUACCAGGGUGCGCCUGGCUGGGAUGAAGAUCUCUCGGCCCCCCACAUCUGUGGGGCACUAUAAGAUGGUGAAGCACCGAGGAGAUAAGGGCAACGAGGAAAAUCCCCACAGAUUUGACCUACUGGUCCGUACCCAGAAUUCCUGGACACAAGAUGGAAUGAACUCUCUGACAUACCGAUUGCUAGCUCGAGAGCUGGGUCCUCUGUAUACCAACGUCACAGCAGACAUUGGGACUGACCCUCGGGGUCCACAGGCUCCCCCUGGUCCCCGUUACCCACCUGGUUCUUCCCAGGCCUUCCGUCAAGAGAUGCUGCAGCGCCGGCCUCCAGCUAGGCCUGGCCCUCUGCCUACUGCCAACCACACAGCCCCCCAUGGUUCACAUUGACUCCUUCUUGCCCACCUUAAUCAUGAAACUGAAUCAGAAGGGUUGUAUUCUCCCCAUCCUCAGCUCCUCACUGCUCUCAAAGGGAUGUGGGGGAACUAAACUCUAGUGCUAUGCUGGGGGGAGGGGAGGGGCCUCUCAUCACUGCUGGACUGGAGCUGGGCUCCUUUAGACCUGGGGAGGGUCCCUCUUUCUAGGGUCACCUGCCAGGGCUUAUGACUGUGAAUUCUUGAUGUCAUGAUUUUAUGUGACGACUCCUAGGAGUCCCCUGCCCCUGGGGUAAGAGCAGGGCUGGACCCCAAGCCCCUUCCUCUUCCAUGAAGAUCACUCUCUUCCAAGAGUGAUCUGGCUUCCCUGGGACAUCUGUGAAUAUUUAUUCUAUUUAUGUUUCCCAGGAAGCUGUCUGGUGAAGGAAGCCCUUCCUAGGGCACUUUCUGCCAGUGCUGGAGUAGCUCCCUCUUCUGGUCCUGGCUCAGGGGGCUGGGAUUUUGAUAUAUUUUCUAAUAAAGGACUUUGUCU